GACGCGACGUAAAGCGACUGCGCCGUGGGCUCAGCGCGUCCUCCAGGACUUACCCAGUAGGCAACGCGUCAGUCUCGGGUCAAAAUGGCGGGCAGGCCAGCUGUUUCAGCAUCAGGCAGGUGGCUGGACGGUAUUCGAAAAUGGUAUUACAAUGCUGCAGGAUUCAAUAAACUGGGGUUAAUGCGAGAUGAUACAAUAUAUGAGGAUGAUGAUGUAAAAGAAGCCCUAAAAAGACUUCCUGAAAACGUUUAUAAUGACAGGAUGUUUCGCAUUAAGAGAGCACUGGAUCUGACCAUCAGGCAGCAGAUCUUGCCUAAAGAGCAGUGGACAAAAUACGAAGAGGAUAAAUUCUACCUUGAACCAUACCUGAAAGAGGUUAUUCGGGAAAGAAGAGAGAGAGAAGAAUGGGCAAAGAAAUAAUCAUGUAGUCAAAAUCUAGGUGCAGCUGUCCACAAAGGAUUUUUAUGAAGUUACUUAAACCUCAAAUGUAUAAUUAUCUGAGUCGCAUAUGUAUUACUUUAAAUAAAUAUCUACUGUAAUUGUUGGAUUUUUUUCCUUCUAAACCUUAUUCUGAAUGAUGACUAAAUUCACCUAUCAUAAUUCUCCCCAGAUGUCUAAAAUAUUUUUUAGUUAUUGCUUAACUGCUUCUUAGAGCUCAGAGAGGCCACAUUAGUAAUUUUUCUUCUCUAGUUGGAUAACUUCUUAAUUUAGUGAUGACAUAUUCAAUAGAACAGCAUCCUUUAUAUUGCCAUUGUAGUUUAGCAAGGUACUUAGAAGCCCCAUUAGGGCCUAUCUUGCAGGGAUGCAGGAAAGCACCAGUGACUUCAUUUUACCUGAAGCAAACAACACUCAAUUGGCUGCCCGACUUCAAAGUUGCCAAAUGAGAGAAGAUUCCCCCCUAGUGUGCCAGGAUUGGAGGACAGUCCUUUUCAGUCACUGCUCCAGGAAGAAUUUGUUUCCCAUCCUAGUUUUUCAAUAACAAAUUAUGUAUGCAGUCCCAAGAUGGGGCUGCAUAGGUUGUGUGUGUGUGACUGUGCUAAUACAUAAAAUAAGAAACAAUAGACAUUCAAAAGCAAAGACAAAUGUUACUUUACCCCCCCAUAUCUUAGUGACUUCCACUUUGGAAAUUAUUGCUGCGAAGCAUAAGGAUUGGAUAUAAUAAUGCUCAGUUUUAAGGUUAUAGGCUAAUUUUUAAAAUAUAAAUUAGAACCAUUUAAUAAGGGAACCAUUGAAUCCCCACCCCUAAGUCCUACAAUGUUUUUUUGUUGUUUUGGUGGAAAUGAGCAUGGAACAACAGCAAAUAGGGUGAAAGGAGAAGGGUGUCUGAUUAGGAUCUUAAGCAACAAAAGUAAAAACAAAUUUUGUGCAAUACUUAAAAUUCCUGAAACAAAAGUACAUUUGGUAUGAUUUUUUUCCAUAAAAUAAUGGUUGACAUUUUGUGUAUGUUUCACUUCAGAGCUUGAACAUUAAAGAGUACUGAAAGAUUUUUGAUAAAAUACUAGAAAGCCUCACUAAAUUUCUUAAGAGCCUCUUUUUGAUACUCAGAUUAUCUUCUGCAAAACCUCUCCUGGAAUUCAUAUCAGUUUUCUGAAAUGAAAUUUGCCUAGAUCCUCUUAAUAAUGGUUUUGGUCAUGGUUAAAGCAAUUCUCUUUUACUUAGUAUUUUGUAGGUUGUGAUUUGAUUUUACAAUCAGUUUGAAUUAUGUUGCUGGAAUAGUGGAAACCACAGAUGGUGGUAGAUGCUGGUGUUAAAGGGUGUAUUUGUAAGGGACUAUUUGUGAAAGAGUUGAUUAGAAAAUAUUUUUGUUUCAAUAUGCUUCCCUAUCAAACCUAACUAGGUAAUUAAGGUAAAUUCUCAACCAAGGACUACCCUGUGUUUGAGUGCGCCAAUUCCUAUCCCCUCAGAUUUUUUUUCAAGUAAAUUUGAAUCUCAUACACUGCUGAUUGAUUUUAUAUUCAUAAUAACCCAUUUGGAUAACAUUCUGCCAGUGUGUAUAAGAACUGCAAAAUAAUUUUAAAUUCUAGUAGCAGCCCACCAUUUAUUGACUAGAUAACAUUUGUCAAUCCAUGUGACAAUAUUGCAGUGAGAUCAGUACUACUCCUUUACAAAUGAAGCUAAGGCUUAACAUUGGUCAAACAACUUGUCCAAGGCCUUGCAUCCACAGAAAUAGAUGUCAAUAGCUGAACUGCUUCUAAGAGUGGAAAAAUUGAGCAUAUUUAAUUUUUGAUAAUAAGAUGUCAUUAAGCUAUAGUAAAGGAAAAGGUAUAUUUACGUAGUUUUAAAACUUGCAAACUGUUGUCAGUACUACAAUUGAGCAAAAAAUGAGGCUGUAACAAGAUAAAAUUCUCAACUUCAUUAAAGGCUGAAGAAACACAAAUGGCAGCAGUGAUCUUUCAAUGAGUAAGGGUGAUCUUGAUGCUUUUUCCUAUAG